AACCGCUCUGCAACAGACGGGGAAUGACGUCACGGGAAGGGGCAGCUCGCCCCGCCCCUGCAGGAUAGAGAAGUUUCAAGUUAAUAGUAUGAACGAAAGUAGAGGAUAUUGGUUCAUAUUGCAUCCGAACGAUUUCACGUAGCCUACGCGUAGUCGAAAGUAUGGCAGCCAGAGACUAUGAAGCCAGCUCCCCAGGGCCGGAUCUGUCUGAUAAGCAGCUCCGGGAUGUUGCAAAUACUCUGGGACAGGAGUGGGAGCAGGUGGGCCUCCACCUGGGGCUGAAGAACGAAGAUCUGGACGAGUUCAAGAACGUAAAGAAAGUUGAGUACAUGCAGAGACGGAACAUGUUGCGGCUGUGGAAGGACCAAAGACCAGGAAAGGCCACAGUACAGGACCUGCUGAGAGGUCUGGAAGACAUGAAGGACCUACCUGACGAGACUCGUCGGUUAUUGGAAGAUUUACUAUCAAGAGUGGAAAGGUGUCAUAUAGGGACGAGUCUCACAGAAGACACAGCAAGCAUGUUUUUGAUGGACAGGUGUGAAGAGGAGGACGGUUCUGAUUCUGACGCCAGUGCUGAGAUUGAUGAAGAUGAUGAAGAGGAUGAAGAGGAGAUGCACUUCAAGACACAUUGUGAAAAAUGUAAAGCAUCUCAGCAGAGUCCUGAGUAUGAGAAGGUUACGCCAACGAAGAUUUCUAAGUGGAGCUUCCAGGUACAGCUGGAAGGCGAGGGGACCUAUGAGUGUUCGGCUACAGGUCUGGUGUUUGAAGUGUCGGAGCAGGCUCUGGUCCGCUACUCGGUCCUGUCCUGGUUCCAAUUCUCUGAGUUCCUCCAAGACUCCUGGAGGCCUGCUGGAUCGAUUUAUGAUGUGGAUGUGGUCAACAAGGAUCCAUCUGUACUCAAGUUUAUCCAUUUCCCACACUCGCUGUGCCUUGCUGAACCUUUGCGUGAUCUGAGCUUCAGUGUUCUGCAUGUAAAGGAACGCCAUGCAGACAUUGAGUCGACGGUGGGCUUCACGGCCAGCCAUGUUAAAUGGCGCGUGUCCUCGCUGUCUCUCCUGGGUCUCAUUCGGAGGAGCAUUCAGAGCAUUUAUCUAUGGAUGGUGGAGCACCACGCGAUGGUGCUGAUUUACAAGGAGCAGAACAAAAAAGACUCCAUCUUCCAAGUGUAUUUGGGCUUCAACAGCGAUUCUGAGAUCAAGGCUAUUGAAGAACAGGUGAACAAAUACAGGAAGAAAUGCAUCAGGAUUUACAAACCGGCCAACUGUACGCUGGUGUCAAGGAAGUACUACCACCUCAAAAGCGAGCCAGAAGGGGUAAUUGAACCUUCGAAAAUAAUAUUCACCACAGAAGUGUUAGCGGAGAAGGUCUUCUCUGAAGCACACUUCGGUGAGCGUCCUCCUGUCAGAUUGUUUCUCAUGGCCUCUGCGGAAGAAAAUAUAAGAAACUGUCGUCCUUUGUGGUCUGCUACAAUCACAGAAGUUGAUUGGAAUGACGAGGCGUUCUCUUCGGGGACGUUCCGGGGGGCCAACAUCAGACAGAGAGCUGCUGGAGAAGGGACAUCUGAUCUCCGAUCUUCACCUCGCCUCUCUCUGGAGCAUAGGCUAGGUGCCUGCUCCAUAUCUGGUGCCCCACCCAGCAGCACAAGAUCCAGCCCUCCAGCUCCCUCCAGUGAAUCACAGCCUGCAGGCCAAGCAACAUCCAGCACCACAUCCAGCCCUCCAGCUCCCUCCAGGGCAACACAGGCUGCAGGACAUCCAACAUCCAGCACCACAUCCAGCCCUCCAGCUCCCUCCAGGGCAACACAGGCUGCAGGACAUCCAACAUCCAGCACCACAUCCAGCCCUCCAGCUCCCUCCAGGGCAACACAGGCUGCAGGACAUCCAACAUCCAGCACCACAUCCAGGCCUCCAGCUCCCUCCAGGGCAACACAGGCUGCAGGACAUCCAACAUCCAGCACCACAUCCAGCCCUCCAGCUCCCUCCAGGGCAACACAGGCUGCAGGACAUCCAACAUCCAGCACCACAUCCAGCCCUCCAGCUCCCUCCAGGGCAACACAGGCAGAACACCUAAGAAGGAUCCGUAAGGGAUUUGUGGAGAGAGUCGGACUCCCAGCUUUGAAAGGUCUGCUGGAUGACCUUUGGCAGUGCAAAGUGUUGAGUACCGAAGACAAGGACACUGUGAUGGAGGACCAGACGAUCAGAACGGACCGGGCUCGGUGUCUGAUCGACAUGGUGAUGGGGAAAGGGGAGAGAGCAAGUCUGGCGAUGAUUGAUUGUAUGUUGGAGAGGGACCGGGAACUAAACCUCACACUGGGACUGAUCCUUCCUCCCAGCCCUACUGAUCGUGUGGUUUUUCCAGACAGCAUCACUGAAACCAGCUCCGCAGGGCCGGAUCUGUCCGAGAAGCAGCUCCUGAAGGUGGCCGAAACGCUGGGACAGGAGUGGGAGCAAGCGGCCUUCCACCUGGGGCUGGAGACCAAAGAUCUGGACGACAUCAAGGCAGAACAUAGACCUGUGGCCAUGCAGAAGCAGAAGAUGUUGGUGCUGUGGAAGCGCCGAAGACCACCAGGAGAGGCCACAGCUCUGGACCUGCUGGAAGGUCUGGAAGACCUGGAGGACCUACCGGUCGAGACUCGUCUGUUAUUGUCAGGGCAGAAUCUGUCUGAUAAGCAGCUCCUGGAGGUGGCCCAAACGCUGGGACAGGAGUGGGAGCAGGCGGCCCUCCGACUGGGGCUGAAGAACCAAGAUCUGGAGGACAUCAAGGCAGAACAUAGAUCUGUGGCCAUGCAGAAGCUGAAGAUGUUGGUGCUGUGGAAGCGCCGAAGACCACCAGGAAAGGCCACAGCACAGGACCUGCUGGAAGGUCUGGAAGACCUGAAGGACCUACCGGACAAUACUCCUCUGUCAUUAAGCGGGGAGCUUCAAAGGAUCCAUUCUGAAUUUGUGAAGACAGUUAAAAUCUCAGUUAUCAGAGGUCUCCUGGAUGACCUUUUGCAGCAGAAAGUGUUCAGUACUGAGGACAAAGACUCUGUGAUGGAGAAGGGGAAGAUCAAAAGGGACAUGGCAGGGUGUCUGAUCGACAUGGUUAUCAGGAAAGGGGAGAAAGCAAGUCGGAUAAUGAUUGAAAGUAUGAAGAGUAGAGACCCUGACUUAUGCUCCACCCUGGGUCUGAUCUCUUCUCCUGCUGGUGUGGCCAGAGACGAUGAAACCCGCUCCGCAGGGCGCAAUCUGUCCAAUAAGCAGCUCAUGAAGGUGGCUAAAAUGCUGGGACAGGAGUGGGAGCUGGUGGCCAUCCACCUGGAGCUGAGCAUCACAGAUCUGGACUGCAUCCAGGCAGACAGACAGACGGAUGUGGCCAUCCAGAAAUACAAGAUGUUGGUGCGGUGGAGGGGCCAAAGACCACCAGGAGAGGCCACAGCUCAGGACCUGCUGAGAGGCCUGGAAGACCUGGAGGACCUACCGUUCGAGGCUUGUCUGUUAUUGACAGAUUAUUGGACCGGCGAGGAGUUACCAAAUCUAUUGGAAAGAUUCCUAAACCAGUUCCAGAGGUCCAACGAGAAUGAGAGCCAUAUGCACGCUGUGUCCUCCAGUGAAACCAACACCCCUGAGUCUGCUCCACAACUCCCUCAAGCAACAGAGGAAGAGGAAGAGGAUACACCAUAUCCCAUGAAGGCUCAACCGAAAGGCUACUGCUUGAUCGUCAACAACUUUGACUUCAGCCGUUCCAGUCGGAACCUAGGUCAACGGAUGGGGACAGACAUUGAUGAAGAGAGCCUGAGGAGUGUGUUCACCUGGCUGGGCUUCCAGGUGGAGGUGGUGCGGGACCUCACCAGAGACCAGAUGCUCUCCUCCAUGCGGGAGCUGGCCAGCAGGGACCACAGUUGGAUGGAAUGCGUGGCUUGCGUCGUCCUGAGCCACGGCCUGGAGGGCGGCGUGUACGGGGUGGACGGGGAGGUGGUCCGGCUGAAGGAGCUCGCUGACUUCCUGAAUGGGGUGCGGUGCGCCUCUCUGAGAGGGAAGCCCAAGCUGUUCUUCAUCCAGGCCUGCCAGGGCAACCAGAAUGAGCAGGCGGUCCCCGUCCUGGACAACAGACCCGCCCGCCCAGAGGUCAGCGACCAAACUGACGGACCCAGUGGCACUGGGGACCACACCCAGACGGACGGACCCAGCAGCACUGGGGACCACACCCAGACGUACGGACCCAGCAGCACUGGGGACCUCUGCAGCGACACUGUGGAGGCGAGUGAGUGGAUACCCACCACGGCAGAUUUCCUCACUUGCACUGCUACCACUGCCUCCUAUACCUCUAUAAGAGUCGAGGACCGAGGCUCCUGGUUCAUCCAGUCCUUGUGCCAGAAACUUGUGAAGUUGGUUCAACGUGGCCAAGACUUAGCCAGUAUCCUGACAACGGUUCACAACGAUGUGAGCAAGAAGUACAACCGCAAUGAUGGACGCAGACAGAUUUCCCAACAUCAAACCACUCUGCGUACACGUCUGGUCUUCCCCGUCCCUCAAGACCCUCCUCCCCGUCUGCCCCCCAGUCCCUAACUACCAAGGCUCUGCUCCAAUUGGUCGACUGGUGCCCUCAAUGGUGCAUAUGUUGUCCGAAAUGUGAGUGUACGAAUCUGGAUCUCCACAUAGUGCACUUCUUAAUAUCCAAAAAUGCACCAUAAAGAUUCAAGAUUCAAUACUUUAUUGCCAUACAACUCUGUACAAGUUGCUAGGGAUUUGUUUCAGUGUGCUCAUGACAGUACAUGACAGUACAAGACCCACACAAAAGACACAUAAAACAUAGAACAUCAUUUCAUCCAUACAAUAUACUUCCAAGGAUCCCACACAUAAGACAUAUAGCCCACUUCCACCUGGUUGACAGGCCAGGGUAAGUGCUGUAUGUUUGAUUAAAGUGACCGGUGCUUAUAGGUGCAAGUGAUGUGCAAAAUGGAGCAAUUCAUGUGCAAAUCUGCAUAAGGUCCAAUAAAUAAGUACAUAGUUAAGAAAACUCACAUUAUAUAAAAACAGUAGAAACUAGUGUGUAUUAUACUAUGCAGGGCCACUGGGGGAGUCUGCAUUCCUGAUACACUGGUGUAGGGAUGUAGAGUUAAGAGCUUUAAUGGUUCUGCAGUAUGUGCCGUUGAGGAAGCGGGAGGUUUUAGUUUUGAUGGCCCUCAACCUCCUACCUGAUGGGAGGGGAUUGAAGAGGGAGUUAGCAGGGUGUAAUUCAUCCUGAAGAGUUGUCAGGCCUCUACUGUGGAUACGGGCCUCGUAGAUGUCUGAGAUGGGAGGGAGACUGCAGCCAACUAUCUUGGAGGCCGUAUGGACAAUCCUGUCUAGUCGCAUCCUCUGCUGGACAGUAGAGUUGCCAUACCAGACUGAUUGAGAACGUAAGGACGCUCUCACAGGUGGCUCGGUAGAACUGCUGCAUCCCCUUGCAGGCCACCCCAAACUUCUUUAGUUGGCGGAGGAAAAAGAGCCUCUGGUGGGCUUUUUUAAUAAUAGCAGUGAUGUUAUCUUCCCAUUUCAGAGAGGAGAAGAUUAUUGUGCCCAGAAAUUUGAAGCUGUCUACCCGUUCCUCCACCGCCGCAUUGAUGGACAGAGGUGGGGUCUCCUUCCUCUGUCUCCGGAAGUCCACCACUAGCUCCUUAGUUUUUACAAUAUUUAGCUCUACACUGUAAAAACAAAAACGUAAAAAUUGUUGGUCUCAUUAUGAUUUCUGAGUAAAAUGAAUAUAAAAAAUUAAGUAUUCAUGUCAACUGUGCAAUGCAAUUUAGUCCAACCAACAAUGUUGAGUUUUGGGUCAAGAGUUGGGCUCAGUGUAGUAUCUUUGUUAGCAAGACACACGGGUUUAAGUCAGACUCUGUCUGAGGCUGGGCCAACUACGGUGCACAUGCGCAUUUCGACACUUUGGAAAAUACAGGGUUUGGCGACUCCUACCCCCCGGGGAGUCUGGGUAUUCGUGAUGCCGGUUGGGAAAAAGGGGUUUAUUGCCUUUUGUCAAUUUGUUUCUAUUAGGUUAAGUGGGGUUAACGGGUUUGGGGUCUUUAUUGUUUGUGCGUAGUGUUGCCGCCACCGUUACCGAGACUUGCAUGUCCGUUGGUUGGGUGUGCGGUGCGCUGUGUGUUGUGGUUGUGUGUUAAAUAAAGGCAGCUCUCGGGAUCGUGCGGUGUAUGAGGCACGAGAGUUGCGUCACCGUUUAACCUGGGCUCCCGUCUCGUGCAGAACAAGUUUGACCAUAAUAUCAAACUUGUUCUGCACUUUGGUUUGCUGCAUUUAGACAGCGAUUCUCUGCUGCUGAACUAGCUACAUGUUGCUUGUUCUAUUGCUGUCUGGCAUUCAGAAAUGUAAAAUGGAAGUUUCCAAUUAUUAAUUUUAAUAAAGUGAACUUAAAACUUG